AUGCAUACCCUAACAAUCCUCACCACGGCUCUUCUCUCAAUUCUCUCACUCGCCACGGCGUCCCCUGUUCUCGAGGCCAGACAAACCACAGCACCCCCCGACCGGUACAACCUCCGCACCAAACUCGUCAACGGCGACCACAUAGACUGCGGCUCCAACAAGACUGAUCUGUGGGUGUAUUCCUACCACACCGGCGCUGGCCUAGGAGAUGCCGGCUUGUCUUCCAACAAAUCUGUCGCUUGGGAAGGGUACCUGAACGGCACACAACAAUACUUUACUUACGAAGGCAACGAGCUGGGUCCCUGGCCCAUGUAUAUCGGAUACGGCGCCUACCAACAAUGGAACCCAGCCACCAUCAGCAUCUCUGGAAUCCGCCAACCGUAUCAGGGCUUCUUCUUCAACUCGACCGGCCUGCAAUAUAACAACAGUCUUCACGGCUGGUUGGCUUGUGACUGGUGGCACGGCGUGCCUCAACUUUUCAACUUGGACGGUGGUACCUAUGGACCUAUCCCCAAGACUUGUUCCAAGGUCCAGCUGUUGCCUGUGGCUGUUUGA